CCGGCGCGGUGCACGGCCUCUUCACGGCCUCCGCGGCCCCGCAGCCGCCGCCCCCGCCGCCGCCGCAGCCCCAGCCUCCCCAGCAGCCGUCGCCGCCGCCGCAGCAGCCGCCGCCGCCGCCGCCCCAGCAGCAGCAGCAGCCGCAGCAACAGCAGCAGCAGCAGCAGCAGCAGCCGCCGCCCCAGGCGCCCCCCAUGGAGCCCGAGGCCCCGGACUCCCGCAAGAGGCCCCUCGAGACGCCCCCCGAGGUGGUCUGCACCAAGCGCAGCAACACGGGAGAGGAAGGCGAAUACUUCCUGAAGGUGCUCAUCCCCAGCUACGCCGCGGGCUCCAUCAUCGGCAAAGGAGGCCAGACCAUCGUGCAGCUGCAGAAGGAGACCGGAGCCACCAUCAAGCUGUCCAAGUCCAAAGACUUCUACCCUGGAACCACAGAGCGGGUAUGCCUAGUACAGGGCACAGCAGAGGCCUUGAAUGCUGUGCACAGCUUUAUUGCCGAGAAGGUCCGAGAAAUCCCUCAAGCGAUGACCAAGCCUGAGGUGGUCAACAUCCUUCAACCCCAAACCACGAUGAACCCCGACAGAGCCAAGCAGGCCAAGCUGAUAGUCCCCAACAGCACGGCGGGCCUCAUCAUCGGCAAAGGCGGUGCCACGGUGAAAGCCGUGAUGGAACAAUCAGGUGCCUGGGUGCAGCUGUCGCAGAAGCCCGAGGGCAUCAACCUACAGGAGCGCGUGGUGACAGUCAGCGGUGAGCCUGAGCAGGUGCACAAGGCCGUGAGCGCCAUCGUGCAGAAGGUACAGGAAGACCCCCAAAGCAGCAGCUGCCUCAACAUCAGCUACGCCAACGUGGCCGGGCCCGUGGCCAACUCCAACCCCACCGGCUCGCCCUACGCCAGCCCCGCGGAUGUGCUGCCCGCCGCGGCCGCCGCCUCGGCCGCCGCCGCCUCCGGCCUGCUGGGCCCCGCGGGGCUGGCGGGCGUGGGCGCCUUCCCCGCCGCGCUGCCCGCCUUCUCGGGCACCGACCUGCUGGCCAUCAGCACGGCGCUCAACACGCUGGCCAGCUACGGCUACAACACCAACUCCCUGGGCCUGGGCCUCAACUCCGCCGCCGCCUCCGGCGUCCUGGCCGCCGUGGCCGCGGGCGCCAACCCCGCCGCCGCCGCCGCCGCCAACCUGCUGGCGUCCUACGCGGGCGAGGCUGGGGCCGGGCCGGCAGGGGGCGCCGCGCCGCCGCCUCCGCCGCCGCCCGGGGCGCUGGGGUCCUUCGCGCUGGCCGCGGCCGCCAACGGGUACCUCGGGGCGGGGGCCGGCGCCGGGGCCGGCGCGGGGGGCGGCCCGCUGGUGGCCGCGGCGGCGGCGGCGGGGGCGGCCGGAGGCUUCCUGACGGCGGAGAAGCUGGCGGCCGAGAGCGCCAAGGAGCUGGUGGAGAUCGCAGUGCCGGAGAACCUGGUGGGAGCCAUCCUGGGCAAGGGGGGCAAGACGUUGGUGGAGUACCAGGAGCUGACAGGCGCCCGCAUCCAGAUCUCCAAGAAGGGCGAAUUCCUGCCAGGCACGCGGAACCGGCGGGUCACCAUCACGGGCAGCCCCGCGGCCACACAAGCCGCUCAAUACCUCAUCAGCCAGCGGGUCACCUACGAGCAGGGGGUGAGGGCCUCAAACCCCCAGAAAGUGGGAUGAGGCCUGUGGUGUGCGCGUUCGCCCUCCUCCCUCCUCCCCCUUUUCCUCCUCCUCCUCCGCUCCCUCCUCCCCCAGUUCCUGACCUGACCUCAGCUUGGCGUGGACCUGCUGUCUUGGGAUGGGGCUGGGUAGGCCUGGCUGCACCCUCCCCUUCUGGUAGUCAUAGGCAGGAUUGAGUGGCGGUUGGGGAAGGGGCUCAGAAGCCCCCUCCCUGGCCCUGAGCUGACCCCUCCUCCCUCCCUCCCUGUGCUUGACUGGGCCUGCUCCUCCUCUCCCAGGGCCCAGGUCUGUGUGAUAUCUGUAUAUAUUGCAUUUUGUUGAUUUUAAUAGAAAACAAAGCGUUA